AUGGCAGUGCGCCACUGUGACAACGACUUUCUCGCUAAGCGCAUCAAAGCCUGGGUAGACGAUGUGACGAAGGGACGUGUGGAUGAAGCUGGAUUGUUCGAGCGGAUAUAUGAGGAUUGA